UGUACCCGUGAUAAAACGGUUGUCCACUUUCAGGGGCGAAAUGGAUAACCCUAUAGUGGUUGUUCCCAUUAAAGAAGAGACAACAGCUGUUAAAGCUGAAAGUAAUGAGAAUGAAGAAUGUAUAGAUAACGUUAAAUCACCGAAUAAUACAGUUCAAACUGUUGUUCUUCAGAAUAUACAACUUAAUGAGGCAGGUGAAGAGCUUCCAAUAAUUUUCAAUGAUUUUUCUGAAAAUAACUCUGAUGGAAAUCUGGAGAUUGCUGCUUCCAUGGAAGAAGACGUCAUUCAUACAUAUAUCAUAGAUAAUACAGAAUUCGAACAUGGAGAUAGUCAAGAAAUAAUUUACGAAGAACAGGAAGGUGAUGAGGAAAGUACUAUUCAUUACGUAAUAGAAGAACACACUGAAUUUGUAGAAGGCAAUGAAGAAGACGAUGAAACCAAUGAUGUGGCUAUGGAAUAUACUUAUGAAGAAGCUGAAGAAUCUGUAGAUGAUCCUUCAGAUGAGACAGUUGAAAACGAAAAUAAAGAAGUGGAUGAUGUAAAAAAAGAAAAGGAUGAAGACCUGGUAGCUUGUGAUAUUUGUGACAAAUCGUUUAAAACUACUGCGGGUCUAAAAAGACACAUUACUGUAAACCAUGGUGAUAAUGAUUUUGGCGAUGACGAUGAUCCACUUUCUCUUCAGCUGUGUCCCUGCUGUGGUGAACCUUCUGAUUCUGCUCAUACAUUGGGUGAUUUUAAGUGUAACCAAUGUGAUAAGCUGUUUAUGCAACAAAACUGUUUGGACCGCCAUUGCAGCAUUGAACAUCCUAUCGAUGAUAAAUAUAUAUGUGCUGAUUGUCAGAAAAAUUUUAAAACUAAGGAACAGCUCAUUGAUCAUAUGAGAAUACAUCCGAUUAAAUCUGUGAAAUGUCUUGGUUGUAACAGGGAAUUUUCCAGAAAAUACCAUCUUGACAGACAUAUCGGACAAACCGGUUGCACAGGACUUCCUAGAAAAGUAUUUGAUUGCCGCGUUUGUAAAAGAUAUUUUACCCGCAAAGACAAUUUAGCGGAACAUCUUAGAGGUCAUGCAGGACAGGGGAAGAAGAAGAAGACUUUCAACUGCGGCUUUUGUGGUAAAGUGUUCCAUGGAUAUGCUUUACUCAAUGUUCAUGUUCGCACUCAUACAGGUGAAAAACCGUAUCCUUGUGAUUUGUGUCCUAAAAAGUUUCCAUCUGCUGGAGCCAUGAAGAAGCACCGUCGCAUGCACACUGGAGAAAAACCAUAUAAAUGUGAUGAGUGUGACAAACGAUUUGCUGCCAAGGAGACGUUGAACCGGCAUCUACGAAUUCAUACAGGUGAAAAACCUCACCAAUGCCAAUUCUGUGGGAAAUCCUUCAUACAGGCAUCUCAGUUGAGAGCCCACAUCUUCCAUCACACGGGGGAGAACGCCUACACAUGUCCGCAUUGUAACCGUGCUUUCAACAGGAGGCUAAGGUUAACCACCCACAUAAAGUUUAUGCACGAAGGAGAGGAGCCUCUGCCUUGUCCCAAAUGUGACAAGACUUUUUUCAGAAAAGAGGAUGUGGCGCGACACAUGUUGAGCCACAGCGGGGAGAAACCUUUUACUUGCAAUAUCUGUGAAAAGUCCUUUGCCGCGAAGUCAUCCCUAAAGAUCCACAUGCUUACACAUCGCAAAGAGCCGCCAUGCAGCUGCGAUACAUGCGGCAGGGCAUUUAUUCGCCAAGACUGUCUGAUGAGACACAUGCGGGCCAGACAUAGAGACGUCCUUGAAGACAUUUUGGCAAGUGCCGAGAAGAAACGACUGCAGCAGCAACUGCUUAGUGCUGCAACCGAUGCCGCUUCCAGGAGUAGUCUGACUGAGAAUAUCAUUUGGAAUGAGCUCACUCUGACCGAAUCGAUCAAAGAACUUCUAACUUUAUUAGUGGAAGAGGAGUGUUUACGCGAUUUUGGUUAUCCAGACGCUCCGGUCGAUAAGGUUUUGGAUUCUGUUAUCAAGAGAUGUGGCCACAAGCCGGCAUCAGAAGAAGACUUUGAUUAUAUAGGUCGAAUGAGAGAAAAUGCCAAGUUAUUAUUUACCGUAGUGAUCGAUGAUGAAGCAGUGAAAGAGCUGUUGAACAACCAGACGGUGGACGAGGUGAUUUUACAUGUUUUAAGGCUGGCAAAAAAGCAGAAUGCUAGUUAAGAGGAGCUGCUUUGUAUUACUUAAUUUUCUUUUAUUCGCGAUGUAUUGUUAUUCAUUAUAUUUUAAUUCUUUUUACCUGUUAGGAAACUAAUUGGAGUUGUAACUUCCUAUUUGGAAUUUACGUAAUGUUGAGUUUAUAAUGACAGAUAAAAGUAACUAUUAAUUUUUUUUUCAGAAAUCCAAAUAUUUUCACCAUUUUAAAAAAUAUUUAGACAAAUUAUUUUUUUUUGCAAGAUACAGGAUGUCCUAAGUUGAAGUGUACGCUCUUUAAGGGAACAUUUUUUAGGUAAAAAUAAGCAAAAAGAAACUUAUAUAAAACAAUCUAAGAAUGCAUUGUUUUUAAUAUUUUAAUACAAAUUUUUUUAAAACAAUACAUGUAUGAAAAAAAGUUACUUACUUAAAAUAAUUUUAAUAUUUUCUUGAACUUUGAAAUUAAUUACAGUGAAAAUCGUUUAUAACGACCUUCAAGGGACCGUUUGUUUAAGGCUAUUAUAACCGAUAGAUGUAAUAAGCGAUUACAUAUAUUUUAUUUAAAAUUUUUAUUGAAAAAAUGAAAAAGUUACAAUACAAAUCUUUAGGUGUGUAUAUGUAACCUGUUGAUCUACGGAAUAAAUACAAUACACUAGAAAUGAAUACAAAAAAACUUUUGCAACUAAUUUUGUAGGUAUUUUGCAUUUCACGUUGAAGUCGUUUCAAAAUUCGCUGAUUGAUGUCGGUGUUAAAUACUUACGGUAGUGAGAGCUUCAUUCAGUGGUGGCGAAAUAAACUGAUUUUCUUCGUUAUUUUCUUCCUCGUUAUCAGUAUUGCACUGACCCUCGACUUCUGCUAUAAUAUCUUCCUCAGUCGCUGACGCACAUACAGCCACAUUGUUGUCUACACUGACAAAUUCUUCGAUGUCAUUUGUACAAACAGAUGAAUUCAAAUGUUUUCGGCUAAUCGAACCAAAGGGAUAUUAUUAUUAUCGUCACAUGUUGUGACUAACAUGGCAUAGAAGAUCAUCUUCGCUUUCAUCUAGUGGUGGUGAAGGUACAUCUUUGAACACGGCAUGGCGAAAACAGUUCGAUAUCAAUAAAGUGUACCUUUUUCCAGGUUUUGCAGCAUUUGUAAGACUUGCAGUUUUCUAUAUUGUGUUUUUAAAGCCUUUAUAACUCCUUGGUCCAUCGGCUGCAAAACAGAGGUGACAUUUAGCGUUAAGAACACAAGCUUUAUGCACUGCUGAUGGGGACUGCUGGAUGGGCGGGGCAGUUAUCGACUAAAAGAAUUCUUCUUUUUCUUGAUUUCAGCUGAAUAUCCCAGUUACGUAGCCACUUUUCAAAAAUCUGGGAAGUAAUCCAUGACUUGUUAUUGUUUUCAUAAGUCACAGGCAAUGAGCGAAUGUUUUUAAAACACCGUGUUUUUUUUUGAUUUGCCAAUCACUAAAAGAUUUUCUUGAAAUGUAACCAAAAUUUUGUAAAGAUUAUUCAAAGGUAAAAAAAAAAACAAAUAGAAAUUCUAUAUUUUUAUUUGUUUUUUAUCCACUCAUAUUAGCAGCAACUAAAAUCGUUAUUCUUGCUUUAGACAUUUUUCCACCAGAACGUUGUUCACUGUUAAAUUUAAUUGUUUUUGUCUAGUCAUAUUAAAAAAUAACCCAGUUUCGUCCGCAUUAAAGAUAUCAUCUGGGUUGUAACCUUGACAAAGUACAGGCCAUUUCUGAGAUAGCCAUACUUCUGUUACACCAUCAAGAACACUCGCUGCUUCACCACAAACUUCCACAGACAAUGUUAUUUCGAGCCCGAAAACGUUGAACCCAAGAUGAAGAGCACUCCAAAUUUUCUUCGCCCGUGCGCCAAACAAAAUCAUUAGCCUUUUCCUGUAGGAUUGGUCCACUAAUCGGCAUGUUGUUUAAACCAUUUUAGUAGCAGUAGCAAUAGAGGCUUCUCUAUUGCUUUGUAAUUGCAUUUUCAGUGAAUUGUUUUCGAGUAGAGACUAUUUUAAUUCUAUCCUUCCAAAUUGUUGAAAUCGUAGAGUGUGACACGCCACAUUCUUUUACUAUGCUUUGCAUUACUUUCACCGAUUUCUAGUCUCCAUAUUAUAUGUGAUUUUUCUUCUACAUUAAACACUUUUCUUUUUGACAUCGUGAUAGAAAGUGGUAAAUAAUACAUAUAAUAUAAAUGUAUGAGUAGAUAAGUCGUAAUUUGCCCCAAAUGUAUUGACUAACUGGUGUCGAGAGAGUGGAUGCUGGCGGGCCGGGGCGGAAGAGUGGUGCAUUGGUUUUAAGGCCAUUGGUUGUUAUAGCUGAUAGAUUCUAUGAUAAAUGUAUAUAAAAACAUGUCACUAAGCCGAAAUGUUGUAAAUGGUGUCGUAGUAAACGAUAUUUUUAAUAUGGUAUUUCUAUAGGAUUUAAUCGGGACUUCCAAAUUCCGUAUAAAACGAUGUCGUUAUAACCAAUUUUUACCGUAUAUAAUAAUAAUUUCUUUGUGUAAUAUGUAUACACAUCUUUAGAAUUUUAUUUUUUUAUUUUGCCAUAA